CACUGCGCAUGCUCGCCACCGCCACUGUUUGCACGCUGCAGUCGCGGCCACGCGCGCCGCACACCACACGCACCCAUGCAUAAUACACCAUACUAAAUAAAAAAACAUCCAUCGGAAUUAAUCACGAAACCUAAACAAAAAAAUAUAAAUAAAAAUAACAUACAAUUUAAAAAAUAUCUCCAACGAAGUGCAUAAUAAUAUUAGCUAUAAAAAUGUGCAAAAAUGUUGCUAUGGUGCCCAUGAAGAAGAGUGUGGACUCAGCUAUCCAGAAGUCAUGUAAGCCAGCUAUGCUGGGUCGCAUGUGGCAGGCGAGCCGGCGGGCCCUCAACCUUGAGCAUAGCCCAGCUCACCAGUUUGCCUGCAGUCAGUGGCAAUCCAGUCCACAUCCCUCCACAGUCUACCUUAUAUACAGAUGGUUGUUCUUCGUGUCUGUGGUGUCGAUUGGCGUGGCCAGCUUCUCUUGCCAGCGAUUGCCGCGGCUGUACGAUGGGCCUAAGGUGGAGCUGAACUAUAUGAAGUGGUUCAUCUACUUCACCAACUGGGGCUACUUGCUGAUAGCACUGCAGGCUGGACUCGCACUUGCUGUCCUGCAUCGGUACAGAGCACAAAAAUUCAACUCACUCAACCUACGUUUUGCAGCAUGCGAAGAGGACGAGAUCCCGAUACCAUUGGGCCGGCGCGCGCGCACGCCGCUGCUGUGCCGAGCCUACUGGCUGUCUCAUAACAUUGCCACGGACUUGGCUUUCGUCAUCUCGCUUGUUUAUUGGGCCCUAGUACAUGAUCCUAAAAUCCACGAGGUGAAUGCCCUAAACGUGCUGGUUCAUGGCGGGAACUCAUUGUCUAUGCUGUUGGAGCUGGCAGUGACGUCACAUCCCGUGCGAGCCGCGCACGCGCUGUACAGUGCAGGCGCGGGACUCGCGUAUGGCGUGUUUAGCGCGUUUUACUGGGCUGUUGGCGGCACUGACAGGAUUGGAAGGCCAGCUAUUUAUCCGGCCCUAGAUUGGAAUAAACCUGGCUCAGCAUUCGGCUUCGUAGCCCUCUGCGCAGUGGUGAUGGUGUUCGCGCACGCGCUCGCGACAUUCGUGGCGGCCGCGCGCACUCGCCUCGCUUCGCGCAUGCGUGCCCGCAACCACGCCGACCGACUCGCCCUGCCCACACACUGAUCGCACGGGAAACUGCACUAGUUGUUACUUUUAACGUGCUUGGACAUUUUAUUUUUCGACUGUCUUAUUCAUAGUGAAGUCCUAAAACAAAAAAGCCAGAGCAGCGACAGAACUGUUUUGUCUUUGGUAAAAAAGAGACGAAGGAGUUCGAUGGCUAAAAUAGGUUUUAGUCACGUACGCCACAGACUAUAACACAAUAGGAAAUCCACUGUCCCCUGUGGAUCCGCGUUUGUAGCAUACAGGGGGUUUAACGUAUGUCUGGAAUUAUGAAUAAAGUGGUAGAAAAAUAAAAUUAAGAACAGUGUAAACAUUUUUACGCUGCGAACAAGCUGCGGUUACGCCCUCGUGACUCACUUUUCUUGGUCAAAGUGUGCAUUUAAUCCCAGUGACAGUGCCUUUUUUUGCAAAACUUUAUCGAAAAGAUGACAAUUAACGUAUUAAGCCAUUGUCACAUACAAUUAUCAGUAUAGAUUUUAUUUCCAUCUUCAUUAAUGUAAAAAAAAUCAUUUAUCGGCAGAAAAGAAAAUAUACUGGCACCAAAAUCGUCCCAAAUGGCUUAUACCUAAGUUCAUUAGUAUAUUUGACGAAGUUAAGCGACAAGUGUUUUUGUCGCUUUCCUUCAAGAACUUCAGUGUAACGUCAAAACAACUUAGUAUUAAUUGAGCCUCCUGCUGUAAGUUGUAUUACGAGUUUAUACAUUCAUGUUAGAAAUAUCUGUGUUUAUGUCUGCACAGUUCUCAUGAAAAAUCUCUUUUAACGUAAUAGUCUUAAUGUUUACACACGUAGUUUUUAUACUAAAACUGCGAGCAUAAUAUUAUAAGGCGUUAAGCUUAAGUUAUGCAAAACUAUAAACAUGUAAAAGAAGCUAUAUUUUCAUUUCAAUAAUGAAAUAGUUGGAAUGCUUAAUUGCUCAGUUCAAAACAUUCCUAGCUUCAUACAGGAUUUGUGCACAUCAAAGAUAGGCAUGUACUUCUGUUUAUAUAACUACGACUGUAAAAACAUCUUAUGUGUGAUGUUCAAAAAUGUCUGCCGUGAUAUCGAUGGUCAAGUACAAAAACGCAUCUGCAAGCUUUGAGAAAUGCCUUCAGGACAAACAUCUGGAAAUAAACGGACUUCAUUGAAUGGUGUCCCGUUUUGCACAAUUUUUACAAAAAUUGCAGUUGUAUUCUUGUUCAAACAGCCUUCGAUGUACAGUGAAUUAAAAUAAACCUACUUGUAGUAGUAUGGGAAUUGCAUGCAAUCAAUAAUAUUGCAUUAAAUAAUAUAAUGAAUAUUGUGAAUCGCUUUUAGAUAAAAUGUCGAGUGAAUGAGCGGUUACUCCUUAAUACAGUAACUGCUUUAUCAUUAAUGUUCGUUCGACUUAAAGCAUUCCUAUUUUUCCAAAGAAACUUAGCAUUAAGUCAAUGGUAUGUGCAUUAUACCUUUAUUAAAAGCGGCACCUGAUGUAAUGUAGUGCCUAAAAUUGUACUUUAGAGAAUACUAUCUGUUUUGAGUGCAAAACAUUCGAGCACCAGCGACCAGCAUGCCCUUACUGACCAAAGUUAUCGGGAGUAAAAACCUAUUGUUUUUUUCUGUCAUGAACUUUGGAUACGUAUAUUUUCAAAAAAUACGAAGAAUCUUAAUAACUUCAAUAGAAAAAGAUCUUAAUAACUUUAAUAAUGCUCCUGAUAACCAUAGGUCAAAAAAGGUUGGCGUGUUUUAUUGUAAGAGGCUAUAGAUGUUAACCUCAUUGUUAUAAACUUAUACGGGUGCAUAAUGGAUUAGACAAGUAUAGAACGGAACUUCAUGAACUCAUGGAAAUCAAGACCCAAGUAACCACAAAAUAAAUAUUGUAGUUACAUGGUUUUUCCACGGUUUUUCCAUCGUUUUUCCAUCUGAAAAUAUGGUGGUAAUUGAAAUAUUUUAACACAUUAGAAUUGGCUUUACUCUGUUGUGUUAUGUAGGUGUACUUUUAAAAAAAAUAACAACAAAAAUAUGUUAAUACCCAAUAAUGGUUCUAUUUUAUUCGAUUUUAGUCCAUUAUGCACCUCUUAAGUGGCGGCUGAUAAAACAAUCUAUGCGCAAGUUUACACUAAUAUGUAGUAUUUACUCGAAUUGUGAUAUUUAUGUAUGUAUCGAUUGAAUUGGUAUCGAUUUUAUGAAAAUUACGAUAUUUUGGCCCAAAGGUGCGAUUGUUAAAUGGAGGGAAAUGGUUCGUAGAAACGAAAAAGGUCACGCUUGAGAAAAUUAUACCUAUUCGUUACUGGGUUGCAGGUAUAGAUAAUUUAUAUACCUAAGUGAAAUAUUUUAGCUCAAUUGCUGGCGUAGCAACCUAUGUGCGAUGUUUUUAUCAUUGCAAAAAUUAUAAUCGUAACUGCCCACUUAUAAGUGGACCUUCUUUUUUUUCGUAAAUAGUGUUGUUAUCCUAAAAUAUUACUUAUAAACACCUUACACUAAUAAUGUGCCAUAUUUCAACUCCCUUGAUCUUGAAUCAAUUCGGGUUACCAUGUUGAAAAGUUGAAAAUAAAACCAGUUUUCCGCACAGAACUUUAUAGGAGUGUGACAUCUAACAGAACAGAACUCUAUCACCUUGGCCCGUCAAUAUCUUUGAAUAUUAUUGAUUUUAUAAUUAUAUGUAUUAAUUUAUUAUCAUUAUUAGAAUAUUUUUUCAUGGUGUCCUUGUUCAUAAACUGUUGUUAGGAAACGAGUAAAUAACAUAGGUAUUAUGUUCAAUUAGGAGCAGCCCGCGGGAAACUAAGUAAUUCUGCAUUUCCAUAGAAAUAGUAAAUUACUUAUAGCUAGAUACUGUUGUCGUGAGAAGCUGAGUUUGCGAACAUUCCUGCCUCGCUCCGAACUUAAUUUGUGUCAGCAUUUAUGUAAGUGAAUCUACGUAGCGUAGUGUAGGACUUAUUAAUAGUGAUAUGAAUCGUUCCUAGCCCUAAUUUAAAAUCGGACAAAAUGCUGUGAUGCAAUGUUUCUUUUAAUUAAAUUACUGUUAAUUAAACUAAUAAGCAAUAAUAGACUUGUAAUCUCGAAAUUGUAAGCAAUAAUUUAAUUAUUAUAAAAUUGUAAUGGACUGUAAUCUCUCUGGAAAUAACUAUUGUAUCUUCUAGUAUUAAAAUAAAGAGAUCCUCAGUAUUCUGGUCUAUUUCAGAAA